UGAAGAAAUUUGUAAUUUAAUGCUAUUAAUAAAAUAAAAAUGUAAGUUUUUAGUACUUGAAUAGAUUUUUAUCGACAUUAUUCGAGAAUAAACCGCAGACAUUCUUAAUUGUUCUCCGUUUAAGAUGAAUAAUGAACAUUCUCUCAUCAGUACCACUCAAGUUUCGUCUUGUGUUAAUUAUCAGCAAUUCCGAAACGAAAAUUCAGUUAAAAAUGAUUGCAACUUAAAAAAUGACGCGGAAACAAAGAAACAGUUGGCUAAACCUCCAUAUUCUUACAUAGCUCUAAUUACCAUGGCUAUACUGCAGUCUCCAGAAAGGAAAUUAACACUGAGUGGCAUUUGUAAUUUUAUAAUGAAUAGAUUUCCAUAUUAUCGUCAAAAAUAUCCUCUUUGGCAAAAUAGCAUACGUCAUAACUUGUCGUUAAAUGAUUGUUUUGUUAAACUUCCACGUGAGCCUGGAAAUCCGGGAAAAGGAAAUUAUUGGACAUUAGAUCCAGCUAGUGAAGAUAUGUUCGAUAAUGGAAGCUUUUUGCGGAGGAGGAAGAGGUACAAGAGGCAGUUAUUCAAUCCUUAUUCGUAUAUACCUUGUUGCUCGUCAGUUUGCUCUUGUUUGGGUUCUUGCUCGUCGGUUAAUUACUUCCUACCUCCUUUGCCCAAACCUGCAAUCGAAACGAUCGAGUCCAAAAAGAUCAAAUUUUCUAUUCAAAGUAUUAUAGGAGAAGAAAGAUAAUUAACAUUAAUAUGGUAAUGCAAAUAACACUUUAUAUAGAAAAAUCACGGUAGAAAAUUAAAAAAUGAGGACUUGGAGGCAGAAUUCGAGUGUUUUGAAAAUAUAAAAGAAACAAAUAUGACUGAUUGGAGAAAUAUAAAUCCAGUUUCGAUUUGUAGUUUCUUUUUCUUAGAAAAAUAAAACUAAAGCAA